AAUGUAGAAAACAAAAAUAAUCCAGGUGCUAAAAGAUUCUAAAUUUAGAAGACUUUUCCCUUCCACAUAAUAGAGUACAGUUUGUUUCUUCUUCCCACACAACCUGGAGCUGUCCAGAACAACCAUGAAAACACAUGACCCCCCCAUCCCGUCCCUCCCGCUUGCAGCUGUCCGGGCUUGCAAGUGAAAUUUGUGUGUGCUGAAUUAUUUUGCUUGGAGACACAUCACAAUCACCUGUUUUAAUGUUUGUGGAGGCUGAAAACUGCCAGUUCAUUUGAGGGGUACGUGACUGUAGUCUAAUCGGGAGACAGAGACUGGCCAACCUUACCUGGUUCUUCUGGAUGAAUUCAAGAAGGCUCUUUUCCAAGUGACAGAAGACGACUCAGCCAGAUGGAAAUCCUGUAUGAAUGUGGAAGCCAUUAGCAGAGUAAUUGCUGUCUGUUACCAUGACAACCAGCCGCUGCAGUCACCUGCCCGAAGUGCUGCCAGACUGCACCGGCCCCGCCGCGCCCGUGGUGAAGACCGUGGAGGCCUGCGGCAGCCUGGUGAAUGGGCAGCCGCAGUAUGUCAUGCAGGUUUCCGCUAAGGACGGGCAGCUGCUGUCAACAGUGGUGCGGACCCUCGCCACCCAGAGUCCCUUCAAUGACCGGCCGAUGUGCAGGAUCUGCCACGAGGGCAGCAGUCAAGAGGACUUGCUCUCUCCGUGUGAAUGUACAGGGACCUUGGGGACAAUUCACCGGAGCUGCCUGGAACACUGGCUGUCGUCCUCAAACACCAGCUACUGUGAACUCUGCCACUUCAGGUUUGCAGUCGAGCGCAAACCCAGGCCGUUAGUGGAGUGGCUCAGAAACCCAGGUCCCCAGCAUGAGAAGCGGACUCUGUUCGGAGACAUGGUGUGCUUCUUGUUCAUCACCCCACUGGCCACCAUCUCGGGCUGGCUCUGCCUGCGGGGCGCUGUGGACCACCUGCACUUUAGCAGUCGGCUCGAAGCUGUCGGACUGAUUGCACUCACUGUUGCACUCUUCACUAUUUACCUCUUUUGGACACUAGUGUCGUUUAGGUACCACUGUCGAUUGUACAAUGAAUGGCGUCGGACCAAUCAGAGGGUGAUUCUCCUCAUUCCAAAAUCUGUCAACAUCCCUUCCAACCAGCAGUCCUUGCUGGGCCUCCACUCUGUCAAGAGGAACUCAAAGGAGACAAUUGUUUGAUGUUUGUGUUGUUUGGUUGGUUGGUUGAUUUGUUGUUUGGGGUUUGGAAGUUUCUGCACUGGGGCCAUGCACUGAGCCACUCCCAAACCCUUCCUCAAGCCUGUGGGUCGAAGAACAUCCAGAGCCAUGCAAUCACAUGGCCCUGACCAACGGACUCCGCCCGAAGAAAGCAAAUGCUCUUUGACUUCAAAUCAUGGAUGCUGCAAUCAUAUGAUAUUUGCUAAGCUGCCAAACAUGUUUAUUUAGCAGAUACUAUAUGGAAUUUUCUGAACACCUCUUUCACAUGUGAGGAAGGUUGUCCUGCUAAGGAUGCAAUUCAAUUCUUCCUUUUUUUAUUACUAUUUCAAAUAUAAAUAUAUAUAUAUAUAUAUAUUAAACUUAGAUGAUAAUCAAAAUUGAAAAGCCAAUGUUAAAACUGGUUUCCUGGUUUAAAUGGGUUUUGUUUGGGUUCAUUGGUUUGGUUCCCAGUUUUUACUGUAGAUUAUUUGGGGUAAUUUGAUAGCUUGACUGGUCUUUUCCAUCUCUUCCAAGUCCCUUACUCAAGGGGACAGCAUAACUGCAGGACAAAUCAUAUUUGAAGGAUGUUUUGUACUAAAAUCCAUUUAAUUAUUCAGUUUUUAAAGAAAAAAAAAGGCGUGACAACUCUCCCCACAGUGAACUGUUUAUUUAAACUUCAUUAAGGAGAAAAACAAUUUAUGGUGAGAAGCACGCUCCUUUCAACUUGUUUGGUACUGACAGCUGAUAGAAGCUAUUUUCUAAUAAUAAAUACCCAGUGUGUGAAAGACAAACCCCA